AUGCCUGCACACCUGCAAGGUCCGCCCCUUCAGAAGCUGGACUCCCAAGCCCCAUCAUCUCCAGCUCUUGACCGUGGUCAAGAUCACACGCCAUGUGUGGAGCCAAAGUUUGACUGCGUGAGCCUUGUGUGUUGCCUCAGCCAGUCCAACAGUCCUGGUGUCUCUCCUGUCUCCUUGCAGUGGGAAGUGCCGUGUGCCAGCAUGGUGUGAGCCAAUCCUCUGGAGAGGAGGCAGCGUGAAUCAGCUCAGCUACCGAAGCCACAUGGAAUUGAAAAGGAGCGACCACAAGCCCGUCAGCUCCCUCUUCCUCACAGGGGUAACACCUGCCCUGGCCAGGGCUAUCGUCUAUUCAGGGUUUUUAGUUGCCUGCUAUGUGGCACCUCCUCGAAUCUGGGCAGGCCCUGACCAACAACCAGGCCCCUUUCCACAGAGCUCCUCCUUGGCCAAUGACUUCCGGUGCAAGGAGUGGGCAGGUUUUGGCUCUGUUAAAUCCCUAGGCUUCCAUUCUCCACUGUUCUGAGUACACGCUGCUCCUGCAGGCAUGGCAGACCACAUGGGCUGAACUGUAUACCUUAACCGUUGGCUCCAUUCAUGCAAUGGAGCUUCUGUGGUACUUGGCUUGGAGCAUUUGGCUUCAGCCCAUUGGGUCUGGAAGUCACAGCCGCUGCCAUCCUGGGGAAGCUCUCAGAGUUACAGUACUUGCCUCUUUCAGGGCUGGGAACAGGGGGGUGCAUCAGGCCUUUCUGCUCUUAACUCAUGCCCCCCCCCUUUUAGUCCAUAGCCCCAACAAAUGUGCUCUGCCCCCCCCCAUAGGUGAAGGUUGUGGCUGACCGACGGUACCGGAAAGUGUUUGAAGAUAUUGUUCAGUUGAUGGACAGGAUGGAGAACGAAUUCCUUCCCUCCCUGGAGGGAGGUAAAGACGAAUAGGAUCCUCUCCAACCCCUUAAAGAGGGUUUGCUGCAAAAAGACCAGGGGGGAAAGAAGCCCUUGGCCCAUCUAGCUCAGUCUUGAUUUUCCGGGGAUCUCUCCCAGCCCUACCUGGAGAUGCUGGGGAUAGAACCUGGGACCUUUGCAUGCAAGGCAGAUGCCCUUCCACUGAGCGGCAGCCUCUUCCUCUUCCUCGCAGGCAAAGACUCCAGGGGUAGCCAGCGUGGUGCCCUCCAGAUGCUGGACUACAACUCCCAUCAUCCCCAGCCAACAUGGCCAGUGGCAAGUGCAGCAAGAUCUGGAGAGCCCCACGUGGACCUGUUGCAUGUGCAGUCCCCUAAAUGAGAGCCCGGGGCCAAGGACAAACUUCCCCCGGAGCACGUUUCCUUGCCUCUGCUGAAGGCAAGCACUCUCUUUCCUCCUCCCCCCCCCUUUUUGCUCUGCAGUUUCCGUUUGAGAAUGUGAAGUUCCGGUAGCUGCAGAAGGAGAAGUUCCAGAUCACAAACAACGGGCAGGUCACCCUCCACUUCUCCUUUAUCCCCAAGCUCAGUGACAGCCAGUAUUGUAAGCCAUGGCUUCGCGCUGAGCCCUGCGAGGGAUACUUGGAGCCCAGCGCGUCUCUCUCUGGAAUCAGAGAACUGUAGAGUUGGAAAGGGACCCCAAGGCUCAUCUAGGGAAGGCCUUGGUUUCCUUUUCAUCCCCCCUUUUCCCCUCCUCUUCCCAACCCUCCUCCCUCAAACCUUGGGAGUUUGGUAGAGCAGGGGAGGCUUAACAUUUGUGGGCUGCAUUGCCCCAUGCUCAAGCCUCCAAGGGCCACACGUCAAAGCAGCUGAGCCCAAAGUGUAAAAGUGUGUGUGACCAGCUUUAAACACACACACACACACAAAUGAAUUGAAGCAAAACAAUGCUGGAGGGUCCCCAAACACCUUUUGGCAUCGCAGGGAACCAGUGAGAGCAGUCCGUCCAAAAAUUACCUUUUUAAAAAAAAUAUGCGUAUUUUUAUGUUGUGGAGGCACAAAAAUAUCUUGGGGAACAUAUAGAACUAGCCAAACUUUUAAAAACUCAAUGAAAUGUAAACUAAAAAAGAAAGUUACAUUGGGGGUGCAAAAAUCCUUUCCCUUUUUAUAUUCUUUUGUUAGGAUCACUUUCUCUCACCCCCCAGUAUCCUGUCACCAUCUUCUGUGCAGCUGCUGCUUUGGAGGACUAGAGAGGAAAGUGGGGUGGGGGUGGGAACUGAGUCGCUUCUUCUCCUAAUUCUUGAAGUUAAGGUUUCCCCCAUACACCUGUGAGAACAGGAGGCUGUACUAGAUGGGCCAUUGGCCUGAUCCAGCAGCCUCCUAUUGUGUCCUUCUGUUCAAUUAUUCACCGUCUUAACUUUUAAUUUACAGACAAGCCAACUUGGCUGUGCCAAAGAGUGUAUCUACCUGACCUCCUCCCGUUUUAGGUGAGACGGUGGACAUUUCCCUGGAUGUGUACGUCAGCAAGGAAGAGAAGAUUGAGGCUAUCUUUGUCCUUCACCUUGACCGUGGCAAGGACUAUUUCCUCACCAUCAGUGGGAGCUACCUACCAAGCUGCUUCGGGACCUCCUUGGAAGCCUUGUGCUGGAUGAGGCAGCCGAUUGGCAAAGUUCCCGUCACCAGACUUAUUGACCUGGUAGGGAAAGGGGUUGAUUUCCCUGGCAGGUUCAUGUGCUGAAUGUCUACCCUUCCCACUCUGCUUGCCUGCUUGAAAAACAGCUGCUCUUCCACUCAGCAAUGUGGGGGCUGGGGUCCUCCGCUGCAUUCAGCUUCAGCUUCUGUAGCUGUGCACCCGCUUCCUGUGUGCUGUUCAUGCCCUUUGUUUGCCUUGACUGAGUCAUCCCAGGUUCUGGUCCUCCCACCUGCCCUUUCGCAGGGCCACUGAACCGUGUGCAUUUCCCUGCCAUCUGCCCAGAUACUGUUCAGCCAACGGGCUGUUUCUUUCUCUUCUCAGGGCCUGUGCCAUUAACACCCUUGGUUGUCUGUUGCUCUUGCCUUCCUCUUCUGAUCUCGGGGAGAAGACAGCUUCCUAGAAAAGGUAACAGUUGGUUUGCUAUCCUCUAGAUGUUCUUGUAGCGGGCUCAAAUCAGGUACAGGCAACGCCCCGUUUACACGGGGGUUGCGUUCCGAGGUACCGUGCGUUUAAAUGAAAUUGCGUAUAUUGGGGACAGCAUUGGAAAAGCCUGCAAACACCCUCUAAACUUCCGGAAACCCUUUUGAAAGGCCUUUUGAAAACCAGCAGCACUUGCCAGCCUCCCUGCAAAACUCCUUGCUCCAACUCUCCACAGGCCUGAAAGGUCGGUGCCAAAGCUCCUGGGAGGGAGUCGAGAUGCUGUUUCCAUGCCGCUUUGCCGCUUUUGUGCUCUUGGGGGGGACAUUUUUGCCCCUUCAAGUGCCCCUUCCAGUGUGCAUGUGCCCCGAAGGCACGUAAAUGGAGUUGCCCUUGUCAACAAUCAGCAGCUGCUCCAUGCAGUGGCAGCUGGUCCCUUAGGGCAAACCAGGCACUACCCCACCAACCUGACUUUCCUCUCAGGCAACCCGCACCUGCCUGCCUUCUGACUCAAAUCCAGUCCAGGUGGUGGCUCUAGCUCUCUGCUUUGGUCUCUUCCCUAGUCUCAACAUGGCCCUUGUAGAACUCGGCAGAGGAGAAUGGAGACGAAACCAGAAUUUGCCAUCACUGCUUGUCACUGAUUUUGCGCUGCUUGACUCUGGGUCCGCUUGCGAUUGGCAGCACGGGAGGCAGAAAGCCCAGUCUCAUGAUGCAGGCGCCAGCCCUCUCUGGCCCCAAGAGCCAGUUUUCUCCUUAUCUCUGUGCUCAGCAACUGCUGCACAGGCUAUGCCACUCUGGCUUACUCUUACCACCUGAGCACUGGCAUUUGGGAAGCAGUAGUGGCUGCUUUGGGGUGGCUCAGGGAAAUGUCACUCCUCUCGAAAUCAGAUAUACUUGGGUGUAUUAUCAUAGCCACAAGGAGACAGUGGUGACUGUCAAUUUGGACAGCUGUAGACAUUUAGAACCAUGGAGGAUAUGUUUAUCAGUGGCUACCGGUCAAGGCUAUUUCUUGCCACUAUUAUCAGAAACCACAUGCUUUUGAUUAACAGAUUAUUGGGAACAUGAUGGACAGAGUGCAUCAAAUUCUCCAUCCUUGCCAACUCCUUUUAGUGAUGGGCUGCUUGCCAUUGCUGUGCUCCUAAAGCUCUCUUGCUCCCCCCCUCCUCUCUUUCUCUUCUCUUGAAUGUGGUAGCUUGAGAUAGAACUAACCACCCUGAACAUUUCUGGAGAGGAAGAUGGGAAGGAGGCAGGAGGCAUGGUUCACCAGCUGCUGUGUGCUGCAUUGCCCAGACAAAGUCGUGGGCUGGGGCUCCAGCUGUUGUUCAGUUUCUACCACUGCCUCUGCAACGUGCUCUAGACAAGGGGUGGUGAACAUGUGACCCCAUCAUCUCAUCAUGCUGGCUGGGGCUGCAGCCCAUCAACCUAUGAAGGCCCAUCCAUGUUCUGUUGCUGUUUUUGUUACUUAUUUCCUGCCCUUCACCCUAAGGUCCCAAGGCAGGUUCCAGCAAUUUAAAUAAAAUGUUAGCCAAACCUCAUGUCCACAGCUGCAUAUUCAGUAAGCUUUUGGGUGAACUGCACAUCCGGAGUGGGAGGAUUACGAGCUGCAUAUUAAUAGGGGGAGGGGGAGCUUGGAUUUGGGGUGCGAGCAAUUUGUUUUUUGUUUUCCCACUUGAGAUGCUUGCUGUGGCUAGGGCCGGGCAAUAUGUCAAUAUAGCUAUAUUUUGAAAUCAGCUUGAAGUCUAGAUAGUGAGACUGGUUUCAUAAUUUCUGACCUGGCAAUAUAUUGCGAAUCAUGAUGUGUGUGUGUACUAUGCAAAAAACACCAUGUGGGGGGAAACUGUGAAGCCAGACAAUGCUUCUCAAGAUUCCUGCAGCCCCUGUGGACUCUGCCGGUUCAGCUUCCCCUGCCCUCCUGCAGGGGGCAGCAAAAAUCACAAUGCGGGGGAAACCGUGAAGCCAGCCAAUGCCUCUACAUAGCUCCAUCUUAUUUCAGACAUCGCGAUAUAUUGGUGUAUUGCAGUGUUUAGCUAGUGCUAUAUCACCGUGUUGAAAGCCAGCUAUCGCCCAGCCCUAGUUGUGGCCUCAGAGGGCAAGACUUGUCCACCCAGCUGGAGCAAGGAAAGAAUGCAUACAGGCACACAUUCUGUCAGGCUCUCAUGCCAGUCCCGCUUGUCAUUGGACCUCCAGGAGAAGCAGUUUCUGGAUAUCGUACCCCAGGAUGGUGAUGACUCCACUGAGCGGCCAAGGAGAUCUGGCUUUUGGUGGACCACCUCUUCAAGAAUGCCUGCCACCAGGUGAGCUGAGGGGGACUGGUACCAUUGAAAGGAUGGGUGUGGGCUGGAAUCCAGUACCAGUUUUGGGGUGUGCAGGUUCCAAACGCCACAAUUGAUUUAUAUCUUAGCUACCGACUCGCUCUUACAAACUCCUGCUGUGAGUAUAGUGGCACCUUGGUGGAGCGGCAGCGGGUGGGACAUCCAGCAUAUGCUAUUCCUUAGAGCGGCUCAGAAGAACCCAAGUGUUCCCAACCAUUGUCUGUCUAUCCCUAGCAAAGCGGCUCUCUGAGACUCGUCACUAGAAGACGCGGGGAAUGAUUUCACUCUCCCAUUGCCCCAAAUCAUGAGAAGGGUAGUAGGAAUGCUACUGUGGAAAGCAGGCGGGAUACAAUUCUCAGCCCUUGUGCCAGCUCUCUUGGUGAUGGGCUUCUCUCCAUUGUGGCAUUCCUCGACCUCACAUUAUGCACCCCAGGGCUGGAUUGUUCUUCAUGCUAUCCAGGAUUUACCUCAUCCCUUCCUAACGCAUGGGUGAUACUCUGCUUCAGGAGGACCUCUUCCAGACCCCGGGCAUGCAGGAAGAGCUGCAGGAGAUAACUGAGUGCCUGGACACCAGCAUUCCCGAGACGAUCCGUAUCCUCUUUGGGGGGCAUUGUUGGGGAGCAGGGCUGCUUGGUGGUUUUCUUCGCUCUUGGCUGGAGUGGACCUCACUUUUAUAUACCUGGUGGCUUAGGUUCCUAGGCCAGCCCAUCCUUAAGGCUCUGGGACACAGCACAAUGAAAUGCCCACAGUCAAGUCCAGUCAUGCAUCCAAACAGCUUCACAGCUUUAACCCCCAUUUGAAAACAUCAGCCUGGCUAGAUAGAGCAGAGGUGGGGAACCUUGAGAGGCCCGCAGGCCCCACAUCUAGCAUCAUACGUGGUGUCAGGUGUGGAGACAGGUAAAGACAUGGCUGCAAAGGAGCUUCAAGGGCGCGUUCAAUUGUUCUUUGGCAAGCAGGGUUUCUUGACCGCACUUUUGGAGUUGACCACUAGUAUUUGUUGUUUGGAUUGAAACCAUGCCUGCAGAAGGACAUUUCCUCGGCAGAUCAGCUUUGCAGGCAGCUUCGUCAAGAGGGGAGGUGUGGGAUAAUUACAGUGGGAUGGCUCAGCUGGUAGAGCGUGACACUCUUAAUCUCAGGGCUGCGGGUUCAAGGUCCACCUUGCGCCAAAAGGGGGAACUUGCAAGGUGGGCCCAGAUGUAAAAGGACCAAGCUUCUUGCUUUGGACCAGCCUGGGAAGGAGGCAGGCUGCAGGUAACAGGACAGAACACUUCCCUUGCCAGGCUGUCAAUAGCUGGCAGUGACCCACUCGGUGGCCGAAGCUCUGCUCAUCUUCCUGGAGGCAGUGCCAGAACCAGUCCUUUGCUAUGAACUGUAUCAACACUGCCUUGAGUGCUCACAUGACAGCCACCUCUGUCGCCAGGUCGGCCCCAGAGCCCCAUCUCUUGCUGGCUGGUCUGUGGUGUGUACAGAAGCAUAGAAUCAGAAGGGAUUUCCAAAGUCAUCUAGUCCAAAUGUUGCCGCGAGUAACAGGAAAUCCACUAAAACAUCCCUGAAAGCCAGUAAACCGGCACACUGGCAGGAGGGCUAGUCUGGUCUGGGAAGCCUUGUUAACUGCAGAGGUUGCUGAUGUCUCCUUUGAUAACCAUCCCUCUCGGUUGUGGAGGGGGGUGGGGUGCGCACAUGUUGCCUUUUUGCUUUCUGACCAGGACUUGUAACAAUAGCCCACCUGUUUCAGUGAACCUCGCUUGAAUUUCCAACCCAGGAAGCGGCCAUAUACUGGGCCAUCUAGCUCAGUAUUGUCGAAAUUGACAAGCAGUGGCUCUCCAGGAUUUCAGACAAGGGAUGUUCCCUACCCUCCUGGGAGAUGCUGGGGGUGGAGCCUGAGACUUUCUGCAUGAAAAGCAGGUGGUUUACUGCAGAGCUAUGGCCCUUCCCCCAAGAUAUCUCAGUUGGUAGAGCAUAAGACUCUUCAUCUCAGUGUCCUGAGUUCGAGCCCCACCUUAGGCAUUGCAGGGGGUUCGAUUAGUUAACCCUCGUGGUCCCUUCCGACUCUACAGUUGUAUUAUUCCCCAAAGUUCCCAGCAGGGUUCUAGUCCGGUUACCAUUUUAAACAUUCUUUUUAAUGCCAGGUCUAAACCUGCAAACACAACAAGUACACCGUGCUAGUGAUCCAUGCCCCUCCUCUAGCAAAGCUCUACACUGAAACUCCAAACCGCCCCUCCCUGUCUUGCCGGUGAUCUGCCAGUUGCCGCGGUCGCACCAGAACGUGGUCCGCUCGUGGUGGCUUUCCUGCGGGAGCUGCUGAAAUACUCUGAGAGCAACAACGUCAGCGGCAACAUGCUAGGUAAGGCCUGCCUGUCCUGGCUGGGAGCUGGCCUUCCUCCUGCUCCCGCCUCCUCUCAUGCAAAUGUUUUCGCUUCCCUGCAGCCACCCUCUUCGCCAGCCUCCUGCUAUGGCCUCUGCUCAACGUUCUGCCGAGUGCCAUCGGCUUCCUCCUGGGCUUCCUGCUGGGGGCGGAUGACUACGAAAGGUGCCAAGCGUGACUGGAGACGAAGUGGGGAGGGAAGAGGCAAGGCCCAGCCUCUGUUCUCUGGUGCCUGCCCUUCCCCUUGUGCCAUCUUGCCAUGUGCCAGCUCCCUUCCCUGUGCUUCGCCCUUUCCACCUUUUCCUCUUGACUCCUGACACGGUUGCACACUUGGCUUUCCACAUGGUUCCAGGGCAUUGGCAGCAGGUUCAGGGUGCUUGGGGAGGGACCCUGUUGGAGGACAGUCAUUCCCCUGCCCAUCCUACUACCACCACUGCUGCUCUCAGUCCCUGCGCAGUAGUCCACGCUCUCCCCUUCUGCUGCAGCUGAGCAUGUGCUACUCUUGGUGGGUACCAGGCAUAAGGAUUCCUGGCCUGUCCUGGGAUUGCAGGACCUCUUUCUCUGUCCCCCCAGCCUUGAUGCUCAUCAAGAAGGGGCAGGGCAGCCACUGUGGCCCACGUACGCCUUAGCCUGCUCUCUAUAGUUCAGCUAUCUCUCCCCAUUCUGCCAAGUAGAGUUCUAGGGUGUUCAUUCUUCAUGAAACACUAAGCACUGCCUAAAGGGACCAGGGAGGAGGAGGGGGCGCAGGCUGGGCAGCAGGAGGGGAGCUGAGGCAGUGGGUACAGCUGGGUUGGGUUGGGCUCCCACCCGACCCCAAGUUCUGCAACUUUGUCUUUCUGCUUUUCUGUCCUGGGUUCCUGUACUUGGUGCACACACACUCUUAAUUUAUUGGGAAACGGUUGUUUCAAAAUGAAAGAUCCGUUGUGCAGAGAUUGUUCUGGUGUUUGGAGGGGAGCUACACUUGCCUUUGCUGGUUUCUCCACUGCUCUGAAGCUCAGCCAGACUUUCCAAAUGUAGCCGCCUUGGGCCCUCGCAGCACACAUGAGGGAGAGGCUGUGGAGAGGGGGUGCUGCAUGGGGCAUCAGGUCGUGCAGAUACCAUGGAAUCUGACUUCGCUCUUCACAACAAGGCUUGCAGGUGCAGAAAGAGGGCUACAUUGCUUCCCCAAGGUGUUUCUCAAUUGCUCUCCUUCCUCAUACUGCUUGCAGCUUGCAAGUUUCAGCCCAGCAGCAGCUGGCUGCGAAUUAUUGCAUAGACUCUUGAGGGGAGGUCUGCCCUCCCCUCUCCCCAUUAAGCUUUGUCUCCAGGGCUCAGUGGUAGGAGGGAGAGCAGAGGAAGAAAAAGAACUGGGCUUGGCUUGAGGGGGUUAUGAGAGCAUAUGUGCACCUGGUGCCAAGGGAUAAGGCUGCAGAACUGAGCAGAGCACACUUAAGAGCAGGAGGAGCUGAGCCCUGCUCCCGCCGCCACCACCACCAACAGCAACUCCUAGAUGUCCACUUGUUCUUCUCAAGGGAGUCCCCAAAAUGACCAAAGGAGACUGGAGCUCUGAGAGCAGCUAUGGAGACUGCAGAGUCUGGAUGGGAGCUCUUUUAUUAUUUAUUUUCAUUUGAAGUGGGAUGGAGUGGAGGCUAGAUGGAUCACUUUGAGGGGGGGGGAAGCAGGUGGAGAGCAGUGGAACGGGAUUGGGAACUUCCCCCUUCCCCACUGAAAUAAUCCAACUGGGCACCCUAGGAAUUGGCAGGGCCAACCUGCACAUGAGGCGUUGCGAGGCCAUUGGCUCAAGGGGGGGCAGAUCAAGGUCCAUAGAGCACCAUGCUUGCAGCCAUGCCACUGUUGUGACCACGGUCAGGCCCUUGUGAGGGUUUCGCCAACACAACCUGCUCCUCUCCAGCCUCCUUUCCUAAAGGAGAAGCAGAGGCAGGGCUCAGGGUGUUUCUGCCUCAAGCAAAAACAUCCUCAGCUGGUCCUGGCAGUGGACAUUAGAAAUUGCUUUUGAUAUGGAAAAGAGUGGAAUGAAGGAAAGUGGAGGGAGGGGAGUGUGUUAAAGGAAAAGGGAGGAGUUUUCCAAACUAAAAUUGGGGUUGAAGACAGAGCUUGAUUGAGUCACAAAAGGGGCUUCUGCCCACCCAGUGGAAUUUCCGGCUCCCCACAUCCCAGCGUCUUAAAACACAAGAAGAGCUUGGGGAGUCAAUUUUGUGCAUAAGGUAGAUGUUUGGCAUGGUCUGUCCUAGAUGUGAAAAGAGGAUCCUUUCAAUAUUUACUUUGGUGAACUACAGCUCCCACAACAGCAACUCUGAAGGUGACGCAGAUGUUCAGAGCGGGGUGCUGAUAAUGCCAAGGUCAUAAGUUUGAUCCCUGUAUAGGCCAACUGCAUUAUUCCUGCAUUGUAGGGGAUGGAACUAGAUCAGUGGUUCCUAAUUGGCUGAUUACUGAGGACCCCUUAUUUUUCAAAAGCCAAGCCGCAGACCCCCUACUUUUGAAAAAUUUGAUAACUCUAUGGUAGUUACCUCUGCAAAGCAAUUUUUUGAACAAAAUGUGGGGUAAUAAGCAAAGGAUUUUAGGUAUACUAAAAACAACAAGACCACCCAUAAAAUCUAUGCUAUUGCCAUGCCAAAAUGAGAGAAAAUUAGUUGGAGGGAGGCAAGGGAUGGGGCCACGGACCCCUGAUUGGGAAUAAGGGAACUAGAUGGUCCUCGGUGUCCCAUCCAACUCCACAAUUCUAUGAUCCUGUGUCUUAAACACAAAUCUUGAGGAAUAGUGUGUGUGUGGGGGGGGUUCUGUUUGAACUUUCCCAGCCUUUGCUUUAUUCUGAUUUGAGCUUGCGUCCCUACUCCCCACGUGUAGAAUUGCUAUACGUUUGGAUUUUCCUGGACAUUCAAGCGUUUCCCGCAUGGACACUUGUUUCCAACGGCCAAAUCCCGGCAAUUCCGGGCGGAUGGCAACCCUACCCACUUGUGCCAGAUUGCCUGGCAUACAUUACAAGCAUCUAGUCACAUCCCGGGGCUAGCCGACCUGACGGGAAGAGUCCGCGACCAGAAGGAGGAGGAGUACCAGGAAGAAUGGACAAAAUUCAAAGAUUAUUUAGCUAAAUAUGUCAAGAUAACCUAAUUGGAAAAGCUUGCAAAUACGAGAUAGGCUUAGGAUUUAAAUAUGUAAGGAUAGGAAUUAAGAUGUUUCAAGCUAGAUUAGAAAGAAUGAAAGAUGUGAAGUGAUCAAGUUAUUUAUUUAUUUAUUUAUUUAUUUUUAGAAGAUUGAUUUUGGAAAACUGUUAAAAUGAAAUACAAUGCAAUUCAACCAGGGGGAUUUGAGGAAGUCACUUAACAAUGUUAUCAAGAUUGGUUUAAUUGCAAUUAGGAUGUAUGUUUGUUUGUCUUAAUUUUUUUUUUGGAAAUUUAAUUUUGAAAACUGAAAAGAAAAAUAACAUAGAUUAGCCAGAAUCCCAAGCAGCGACACUGUGAAACAUUCAUAGGAAUAAAAGGUAGGGGGGAAGGAGGCACAAUGUCAAGCAGGCAACAGAAUAAACCCGAGCACUGUGGGUCUAAAACCGGCCCCUGAAUCUCUUGCUCCCCACUCUGCCCUUCUAACAAGAACAUUUUUUUGCUUGCUGGAUGGCUGUGUGCAAUGAGAGCUCAGUCACUGAGGAAGGGUGCUGGCCCAGUGGGAGAAGUAUGUGCUUGGCGUGCAGGCGAGCCCAAAUCCAUUCAAGAGCAAAAUUCCAGUUCUCAUGUUUUCUGUCGAAAUGGCUAAUUUAAAGGGGAAUAGCAUGGUGCCUUCCACAGAGUCAGACCAAGGAGAAAUUCUGUAAGCAAAGGUAGCAGGCUUUGAAAAGCUUAUGCAGAUACACAAGGACACAUUGCUAAAAGAAACAAAGGGAUUUGGAGGGACCAUGAGUGAACAGGUAGUACCAGAAUGUACAGAAUUGUACCUAGAAAAAGGUUACAACUGGAUUACCUUUUUGUAAACAAAAACAACAACCCCCAAAAUAAAACUCGGAAGCAGCAGGACUCCUUAGGAACUCUUCAAAAACAUAACAGAAAACUGCAUAUCCCUACCUAGUCACCAAAUGUGAGGGGAAACGUAAACCAGCAUCUUACACUGCUUUAAAUGAUAGCCAGAUUCUGCAAUUUUUACCACACCAGAAGUAAAAGCACGGGCAUUAUAAGUUUUGAAAAAUCAUGCACUUCAUUUGUAGGCAAGGGAAAGCUUUCUGAAAUGUACAAACUCUUACUAAGACACACAAUCUGUUGAAAUGACCAAGCAGCGGACGAGAUUCGGGGACAGUGGUGUGCCGCCUGGGGAAAUGUUCCUUUCCAUUCACCUUAAGCAAAGAUGUGGUGACCUUGUGCAUCCAUAAAAAAACUUUCAGAAAUGUAUUUCAUUACUUCCCAAAGCUUCUCAAUGGGCUACCAAAUGGCAUUUCUUUCUAUUUUGGAUGAAACUGGGGAAGCAGCUUUAGAAGAAGGGGUUGCUGACAUUCACUGGCCUGGAAAACACCUGAUGCCAAUAUGAUGGCAUAGCGGUGUCCGCAAAUUGUGGGUGGUGAAUUGCUUGGGUGGCCUCUCUUGAGAAACGUUGCCAGAAAAUGGAUGAACCUGUUUGUGAUAAAAAGUGAUUCGUAAAGCUGCAAACAGCAGGUGUCCCAAGGUUAGGGAGAAAACAUGGCAACGAAAGAGGGGGGAGAUUAGUUCAGGGUCAAGCUGGAUGGGUUGUCAAGGAAACAGUGUCCUGCCCAUCUUUGUGACAUCUCGUGCUGCUUGUAGAAAAGACAGAAGCUACACAUCCCCGUCGAGGGAUAGUUGGGAGGAGUUGGCUGAGACAGAACUGGGACGGAGAAGCAAGCAAGCAAGCGAGGGACCAACAGGGGAGAUAGGUGUAGACUUUGCUUUGCUUUGCUUUCACUUUAUCAUUUCAUUUUCAUUUGUAUAUUUUGUGCACAUAUUUUCCUGUCUAUUUUAGACAGAGAGGAGUAGCACUAGGUUUAGAGGCAAGGUUCAGAGUUAGUGUUGUGUGAGCAUUUUAAAGCAGUUGAGUUUAAACAGGAGCGGAUUUCUCCUGAAGAGAUGGCCAUCAUCGUGAAUCUGUAAGUAGGAUUUCUUCUGCUUCUUUUUUUUAAUCUUCUGGCUUGGGGUCCCCCACACGGCCAGCAUCCCCGUGGAAUUUAACCCCUUCCUGAACAGCUUAACUUCUCUUCCCACCCCCUCCCUUUCCCCGCCUUCCCAUUCUCCCUCAAAUCUCAUUGCAGCUCAGCUGGUUAGAGGGAGCUGCAGAUAGCACCAAGGUUGCAGGUCUGAUUCCCAUAAGGUACAGCUGCAUAUUCCUGCAUUGCAGGGGGUUGGAUUAGAUGAUCCCCAGGGUACCUUCCAUGAGCAUUAUUUGGGGAUGCUUUUGAUUACAUUCAUAGCCCACUUUUCAUCCAAGCAGUUCAAGGUGGCAUUGAUGGCUUGCCUUUCCCCCUGUUUUUCCCCUCACAACAAACCUGUUAGGCAGGCUAGGGUGAGAGUGACUGGACCCAACAUCAAACAGUGCACUUCAUGACUGAGUGGGGAUUUGCACUCGGAUCUCCCAGGUCCUCCUAGUCCAGAAUUCUAGCCACUAUACACCCCCCUCUCUCUACCCCUUCUCCGUUUCUCAACUCUUCAGCCAUCAACUGCAACAGACAGGCGUUCUGUCAGUCUUCCUGUCAGUCACUCUGGCUCUAAGAGAGUUUUCAUUGCAUUCUUCGGCUCAUCUAUGCCUUGAUGCUUUGACGACCUUCCUAGCAGCCCCGUUCGCUCUCCAGGCAGGGCUGCUGUCCUAACAGCAUUAUGCUGAGGGCUCUUUUAAAUGCUGGAAAUGCUUCCCUUAUCUUUCCUUUGCUGGGGGUGGGGGUGGGGGGAGUGUUGGAAUCCCCCCCACCCACAUACAUGAGAUGCACCACUGUGUUCCUGCGGAGAGCCGUUUGGGGUCUGAGGGUGCAUAAAAAAACAAAAAGAGCCCUAUUGCGUGGCGAGUUCCCCCCCCCCAAGUGGAAAUAAAGACACAUGACAUAAUUAUUUAAGGUUAAUGGGCUAAAUAUGGCCACAACUUUAUUGGUUACAGGUGAUGAGUGGUAUUGGCUUAGGCAUUGGUCCUAACCGACUAUCCGGCUUCAGCCUGUCCGCUUGAAGUCCGGGAAGGGUUAACCACCAGUAGGGGGAGUCCUGCUGAUGCACAUCAACUCGGGAACCCCCCCCCCGGGGGUCAUCGCUCAGGGGCGUGCCUUAGGCCCUCACCUCCAUAGUCUUCGGACAGGGCCACGUCCAGGGGCUGACGCGGCCGGGGAUUCCCUCAGUCGCCCGCAACUCCACCUCCUUUGUAGGCGGAAGUGGCUUUGCUGGAUCAGAGGAAAAGCCCGUCUAGUCCAAACUCACAAGCAGUAGCCCACUCCUGCUGCUUCUCCUCUAGCUGUUGGCUUCAGAGGUAGAGUGCCUCUGUUCCUGGAAGCUCUAUAUUGCUAUGUUGAGUAAAAGUAAGAGAUGCUGUUGUUCUCCUCCAACAAUUGGUGUAAUCUGCUUCCCAGCCCUGCAGGCUACUUGUCCUUGUAGCAUCGGCUGCCUGCAAAUUUCAGCAACGGAGUAAACAUGAAGUGAAGAAGGUCCCACCAGCAUUCUCAAAUGAGUUGAUUCAAAGCUCUCCCUCCAUCUGCUUUCUCUCCAAGGCCACGAUCAUCUUGGAUAACUCCUUCCUGCUCCUUUCCUUUGUUGGUGUUUUAAAUAAUAAAUAAAUAAACAAACAAAUGAUUGAAGAUUUCUUAGUUUACAAAAAAACGGUGCAUUGUCUCUUUUUUCCAGUUGUGUUUUCUACAGAUCAGUUUCAUUUGUUGUGAGAUAUUAAUGUUGCAUGCAGUGUUGGGUUAGGAAGAACAGAGGGGGGAAGAGGGGGAGGGUGGGGUCGGGUGGCAAUGCUUCUCUUCUACUUAGUGUACAGGGGAAACUCGGGAAAUUAGAAUAUCGUGGAAAAGUUCAUUUAUUCAAGUAAUUCAACUUAAAAGGUGAAACUAAUAUAUGAGAUAGACUCAUGACAUGCAAAGCGAGAUAUGUCAAGCCUUUAUUUGUUAUGAUUGUGAUAUUAUGGCGUACAGCUGAUGAAAACCCCAAAUUAACAAUCUCAGAAAAUUAGAAUAUGAAAUGAAAUCAGCAAAACAAGGAUUGCAAAUAGAGAAUAGAGAUUGACCUCUGAGAAGUAGACGUUUCACCUUUUAAGUUGAAUUACUGAAAUAAAUGAACUUUUCCACGAUAUUCUAAUUUCCCGAGUUUCCCCUGUAUGUGUGGGGUUUUGUGUUAGCAUCACUUGUGUGGGUUCACUUACUAUUCCCUUGUUGCAUUUCCUUGGUGGUGAGAGAGGUUGGGGGGGUGACCUAGGGUGUGGUUGGUGGUCUUUGGUUGGCUGCAGGGAGAUUUGUUUUUGUGUGUGAGUGGGCACCUAGGGUACAAAUAACCAGAAACCUCCUCAAACUAUACCUCCACAACUACAACCCCUCGUGGCGACAAAUCAACAAAUACCCGAGGAGAUGCAACAACACCAAAUGCUCCUUUCCUUGUUGAUAUGAUGUCCCGCAGCCGAAGUAGGGUGUGAAAUGAUACGGGUCUGCCUGCAACUGUUAGGCCACCCGUAUUUGUGUUAUGGCUAUGCUGCAAAGACUCCCUGCCUUCUCUUACACACACGCACACCAUUUUGGUUGUAGGCUUCUGUCUCAGGUUUUGAAAUGUGUUGGGGAGGGGGCUUUACUGGGUUGCUUUUCACCUUUAUUAUGCAUUUUGUGUUUUUAUAUUGCGAUUUUUAUGUUGUAACCAGUGCUUUUUUCUAUUAAAAAAAGGUUUGGGGUACUCUCAUUUUGACUCAUAAAAUCACCAUUUUAUAGUUCAAAUCCGGGAAAAUAAAUGCAGUACAGUAAAUGGACAAAAGUGCAAAGAUUCACAAAAUGUUUUGGGGUGUGCGUACCCCUGCAUCCCCCCAGAAAAAAGCACUGGUUGUAACUGAGACCUGUGGGUAUAGGGCGGUAUAACAACAACAACAACAACAACAACAACAACAACAACAACAACAACGACAACAACAACAACAACAACAAGGUCUGCCCCUCUCCUUCUCUUCUAGGUUCAGGCGACUGAGGGACAUGGCAGCCCGCAAGAAGAAGGGGACCCGCAAAGUCCCCAAGAAGCCCAGGGUUGCUGUGGGCCCACGUGAGCAAAUGCUUCCUUUUCAUUUUGGAGCAUAAGGAGGGGUGGCCUUAAUGCUCUAAUACUCAACUGUGGAAAAUAAGUAGAAAUGAACUAACCUGCCCCCAUGUCCUUUCCUUCUUCUCUUGUUGCAGAUGGUUCAGAGGCUGGCAGGGUCUGGGCAUCGCCUGUGGUUAGUUCAUUGCCACCUCAAUGAACAGCAUCCGACCUCACCAACUUUGCCUAAUUCUUCCUCCCCGGCAAAGCCCUUCCUGCCUGUUAAUGUUACCAAAUCACGGAUUCAAUCAACACAGAAGAAGACUUUAUCCGCACAAACUAAAAUUACUGAUUUCCUUAUGGGUCCUCGCUCUACCUCCAAGAACCCAUUAAACAACUCAAAGUGACAAUUACCGGGACAGCACAAGGACCCGACAUUAUCAAUACUUAGCUGGAACAUUGCUGGUUGGAGAACCAAAAAAUCAGACCCCGAAUUCAGGAAGUACAUAAAUUCAUUUAACAUCAUCCUAUUCCAAGAAACAUGGGAUGAGGAAGAGAUUACCAUAGACGGUUUUGAUCUUCUAACACUUCCGGCCUCCCCUUCCUUGAAAGGUGGUCGCCCCAAAGGGGGUCUUUUGAUUGGGAUCUCACUCCAACUUCGCGCCAAAUUCACCCUGGUACGGGCUUCCCCGCCUUUUGCUCUUUCUGGACUGAUCGCAGAAGGGAAGUCCUCAUUACUAAUUACUAAUGGUUAUCUCCCCCCCGAAGGCUCAGCACCUGAUCUUGAUUGGAGAUGGGAAUCAUUUGAAAAUCACCUAUUGUCAUGUCAUACCAAAUGCCCUAACUCGUACUCCUUAAUUGGGGGAGACUUUAAUGCUCGAAUUGCCACAAAUUGGGACCUACUAAUCAAGUCCAAAUGGUGGACUCCCCAUGUUUGGGCAACUUUGACUUGGAACAUGCUAGAAUUAGAACUUCAAAGGACAACAGAGUAAACAAAGCUGGAGUGACCCUUUACCAAAUGGCCAUUCGCCUGAAUCUAGUAUUCUUGAACGGCACCUUCCCCCCCGAUAUACCGGGGGAGUUCACUCACCUGGGACCAGCAUCUAACAGUGUUAUCGAUUACCUCUUGAUCUCCGCAAAUUUGGCCGUCAAUGUACUCUCCUUCCAGGUUGAAAACCAACAUUUCAGUGAUCACCUCCCAAUAGUGACCACUUUGUCAUUGUUCCGGUACCAGAAGGACUAUAAACACUCAGUCCCUCUGGAAACCUCAUCAGCGACCAAAAUAAGUGGGAUCAAAUGGUCGGAGGCUGUGGCCCAAAAAUACCAGGAUUUUUUCCAUAGGGAAAUCACUGCCUAUCUACCUCAAAUAGCUACUGAUUUACAAGAUUCCAAUUCGGUUUUGAAAUUUUUAACCUUCUUACAACAAACCUUACCACUUUUUUACAUUACCUCCUCAAAAGGCGAAAGUAGCGCAUUGCAGUGCUGGGGCCCCUUGGUUUAAUACCUCUUGCAAACAAGCAAGAUCCCUUCUUCGUUCCAUCUAUAAUGAAUACAAAAACUCUAAUGCCCAGGCUCUACCAUCCUCCUAUUUACAAGCCAAAAGAGCAUACAAACAGACUUUAAAGCUGGCCAAACGUGAGUGGUAUCUAAAGCGUUGGCGAGCCUUGAUUGCGGCCUCUAGAUCCCGCAGACCACAGGAAUUUUGGGCUUUGAUAAACAAAAGAGGAAGGAAGUACCCACUGACGAUUAUCCCUGCGCCCACAUGGGAACAAUUCUUGAGCAAAUAUUUCUCCUUGGCAGAGGAAUCCAACUCAUCCACUGAAUUCCGAGCCGACCAUCUACCUUUGUGGCCCUCUACCGACCCAGACCUGAUAAUGGACUUGAUAUUAGAGCUGUAAGCGGGCAAAGCCCCCGGGCUGGAUCUAGUCCCUGCUGAGGCUAUUGUUGCGCAACCGAGGUGGUGGGCUGAAAUCCUGGCCAAAGUCUUUGAUGCAAUUAAUUCUACGGGGCUUAUCCCUAGGUCAUGGAAGGAGGCCGUGAUCGUGCCAGUCCAUAAAAGGGUCCCCCUGCUGACCCGGAGAACUAUCGGAACAUCAGCCUUUUGUCUAUCAUCGGGAAAAUCUAUGCAAAAUUUUUGCUGUCCAAGCUGUCCAAUUGGGCAAACGACUCAAAUUUGAUUGGCCACGAGCAAGCGGGCUUUAGGAACAAUUAUUCGACCACUGACCAUAUGGUAAUCAUGUAUCAUCUUGCCAGAAAAUAUUCUGCCCCGAGUCGGGGGCGCCUAUGUGUCGCUUUCAUAGACCUAAAGGCCGCCUUCGACAGUAUCCCAAGAAACUGUCUAUGGAAGAAAUUAGAGAGAUGGGGCAUAGAUAGAAGGCUGUUAUGGCUUAUAACCCAAUUACACCAUGGGUCGUCGGCUAGAGUGAGACUCACACCGGCGGGAAACCUAUCCAACGAGGUCCCAAUAAAUAGAGGUGUGCGCCAAGGUUGCAUUUUGGCCCCACUCCUCUUCAACUUGUUUAUUAGCGAUAUGAAGCUCUUUCUGAAUGAGUCUCAAGCCAACAUUCAUGCCCCCCGCCUAGCUGAUUUUCGCUGCCCUCUGCUCUUAUAUGCCGACGAUGCAGCGAUCCUUUCCUACUCUAGAGUCGGUUUAUGCAGAGCUCUAAAGAUUUUUGCGGCUUAUUGCAAACUCAACCAUCUGACAAUUAAUCAUGGGAAAUCUAAAGUCCUGGUCUUUACCAGGUCUCGGAAAACUUACAGCUGGAAGUUAGAUGGAGUCCAAUUAGAACAAGUUUUCAAAUUUAAAUACCUGGGAGUCUUUUUUCACUACAACCUAAGCUGGAAGCCACAGAUACAGUAUUUACUAAACAAAGGGAAAACAAUACUUUAUACUCUACUCCAAUUUUUGCGGCCGACGGAGCCUCCCACAUCCCUUCUGCAUUGAAGGUGUACCAUGCAAAAGUGGUUUCCACCCUCUGUUAUGCUGCCCCGCUCUGGGCCCCAGGGUCCAAUUUAACAUCGUUGGGGACAUUGCAGAAUCAGUUUCUCCGUCGCCUCCUGAAACUCCCCAUGUGUGUGAGCAACGCAGCCAUACGUCUGGAGUUAAGGAUUGCAUCAUUGGAGACGGUCAUCUGGAAGCGAGUCUUUGGUUAUUGGCUGUCCAGCUGGCACAGGCUUCCCAACCAUUACCUUUUUCAGUGCCUCUGGCGGGACGACUUUGUCAAUCCAUGGGUAGGAAAAAUCCAUGCCAAACUUCUGAGCAUCGGAAUUUCCCCAGCGGACUCCUUAAAGAUGAACUUACGCUCAGCCAAAAGACUUAUUGAGCAGAGAUUAGCAGACAUUGAAAAUCAACACAACCUCGCCGGGGUGAGGGUGUCUGCUCCCCAGGUAUCACGGAAUAACCUCACCACUUGGCCUUCCAUCAUACAUGUCAUCUCUUUCAUCUGUACCACACCGACAUGCAUUUAUUCGUGCAAGGUUCAAUGUCUUUCCAUCGAACCUGCUGAGCCACAGAUUUUCCAAGGGUUUGGUGUCUCCGCUAUGCGUGUGUGACGGGAAAACUGUUGAUUCUCUCUCACAUAUAAUGUUCAACUGUCCCCGACAUAGCAUAGCCAGGACUAAAUUCCUGGGCCCUGCUUUACUGCGCUUGGUUGGCAGGCCUGCUGAGUCACAUGCCGCACUACUUUUGCAGGAUACAGAUCCUUCUGUAACUCUGCAGGUGGCGAGAUUCCUGAAUGCAGUUAUCUCACACACAAAAACCACCAAAAACAACAACAUCAAAAACUAAUCGGUCAGUUUUGAAGAGAGUGCAUGUCGGAUCCCGUCUUCAGUUCUCCUUUUCUGGGAUCCGUCCCUUGGAGCUCUCCGGGCCCCAAGCUGUUAUCUGGCUCUGCUCAAUGACCCACCCCUGCAUCAUGGUGUUCACCUUCUGGUGCCGAAUAUAUUAGUCUUUAUGCCUCUGUGCCUUUAUGUUUGUACAUACUUUAUGGGCUAAUAGCCGUAAAUAAAUAAAUAAAUAAAUAAAUAGUAUUUGAGAAAACAGCACAGUACAUACGAAAUCCCUCACCCCCACCCCCCCAUCCACCAGUGCUGUCUAUACCCCCAUUUUGGUGGUCUCAGAUGCAGAGAAGCCCUCCUGCCAUGAACUGACAGCCUGACUCUUGCCAUUUCAGCAACUGGAGAAGGAUGAGAUGUUGCUCUGCUGUGUGCUGGCCACUUGCUCGGAGGCCCGCGCGAGAGAAAAGGACAGGUUGAGGUACUCCAAAAAGAUGGCCGUCAAGGCAAUUGCGGUGAGUGAGAGGUUGCAUGAGGUAUCCAGGGGUGAGGUGGGCAGGAGAGCUGGGGAUGGGAUUGGGGGGGAUGCUGGGCAGAAGGAAGGCCUGGAGGGGUCUGGCCAAGAGAAGGGUUGUGCAGGCAUUUGGCAUGAAAUUGCCAAUUCCUGCACUGAGCUUGGGGUUGGAGGAAUCCACCUGAUGUCCGUAGGGAACUGACGUUUCCCCCCUCCGCCCUCUGUUCUCUAUCAGGAUCUCAUGGGACGGAUUGCGUGCUUUACGCAGCCUGAAUUGGCCCUUGCUAUGGCACUGGAAGCCCUUUACCAACUGAGGUAUACCGGGUUUUUUGAGCUUGACGAGGAGCUGGCGGGGGGCAGAAUGUGGAAAGGUGUUACCAGACCUUGCCACUGCAGUGAAUUAGAUUGGAAGAAUUGCUUACAAUUUCUUGGGUUUCUUGAGUUCAAAAGCUUUCUUUAUGCAGCAACUAUUUACAGGAUGAGUGGAGAUGUGAGAGAGAAAAUAGAAGAUAUAUUGUCUAGAGAUGACUGCGAAAUGGCUCAGCUUUUAGGGGUGGGAUUAACUAAGACCUAGAGGCUUGCAACCAAGUGCCAGGUAGACUGCCACAUAAACAGUGCCCUCGUGUGUUUAUUUUAAUUUUACCUUUAUUCAUUUUUACCCUGUAAAAUCUAUACGCUGCUUGAUUGUCAAAAGUGGUUUAAGCUAACACAUGCAUUCACUAGAACUUCAAGAGAAUGGAAUGUAUUUGAUGCUUCCCCCAAUAUGAGACAGAGUCUAAAAAGGUUUCCCUCCUUCUCUCCAGCCUCAUGAAGCCCAAAUUACCACUGAAGCUCCACAGCCUGAUUGUGCAUGCAGCCUUUGCAGCGGUCAUUGAGGUCAAAACUGAGCCCGACAAGCAGGUAAGUUGUUAGCCUUGAAAUUUGACUUCUAUAGUUGUUGUUUCUUCUUCACACGCUUUAAGCAUUGCUCCCAUUGCUCAACAUCUGAUCUCUCUUUCCCCUGCUUGGCGCAUCCUCUCCCUCAUUGACGUUGCCUGCAGGAGUUAGAGGAACGUUAUACUCUGAUGCUGGGAGGCCUCCUCUGGGAGGCCCCAAGCACUAAGAUCCUGAACUUGCUGAUGAAUGUAAGUAUCUUGAUGGCCUCAGUGGCUGUUUGACCUAGAAAGCUUUCAUGGAGAAGCCGCCACCUAGCAGUGCACCUCUUGGGCCCUUCCCCUCUUGUAAGGCAAGCUGGCCACAUGGACGAGCCAGCAAAGGCCCACUUGCCCAGACAGCCAAAGGAGGGCCUUGGAUGCAGAGCUACAAUUUGGGGCUGGAGGACAUUGCCAUUUUAGAACAGAAACGGAUCUCUCUCUGAGAGUGUAAAGGGCUUCACAGUGGUCUGCCUCUCUCCCCCAGAGCAGCCUCCUGAUUCUGAGGUCCCCUUUCCUCCCACAGGAACUGAGAGGUUACACAACAAGUGCGAUUGCAGCGGAGAGGCAACUGGCAGCCAGUGGCAUUAGCUGGCUGAUGUCCUGUGCAAGAAGGCUCAGUUGCCUGAAGGUAAGUCUCUCACCUUUGGCACCUUCACAGCCCCAAGAGGCUCCCAGAGUGGCUUGUGAAAGGAUUCCCACAGGAGGAAUCACAGUCUGGUAUCAGGCACACAACACAAUGUGUGUCCCUGGGAUGCCGGACCAGGCUGGAGACAUUUCCUGCCCUCUUCCUUGAUCUUACACUUCCACCUUGGGGCCAGGCAAUAGAACUCACUCAUCCCAUGAUGGAAGCAAGUCUUCCCUGGCUUGGGUCUGCUUCCAUGUUCUCUUGCACCCAUUAUUUUUUUUGGGGGGGAGGGUUGAGGAUCAGAUCAGUCAUCUGAUCCAGUACGGUCUUUUCUUUUCCCUACAGCAUGCUCUCGUCCCUCUGGAGCUGGCUCACUUCUGCCCCAAAGAAGGUAACACCCACAGCCUGGGGACAUGGGACACACUUUCCAGACUAAGGAGAGCCCACUCAGUAGCUGCAGCAUCCUUGCUUGAUGCAGACCUCCUGGGUCAUGUGGCUGUGAAAUCCUGCCGCAGCACAAAGAUGGCCAAACUCCAGGCUCGGAAGGAGUCGUUGCCACCAAAGACAGGAUCCAUAAAGCCUCCUUGUAAAUAGGGUGGAAUGGGGGCCAGGUCAAUUUGGUGAAUCAGUAAAUGUGGCAGAAAUUCAUCUCUCUACUCCUUCAUUCUCUUCCAGAUGACAUAAGACUUGAUGUCAGUUUCGAUUAUGGGGAUAAGACACAAGUUUCAAGGCUCAGCGAUGAUGGAGUGGUAAAUUUUUGCUUGCUGUUUCAUUGUGUCUUGUUGCUAAUUGUGAUCAUUGCUGUUGUUUUAGAAUUCUUUCCUAUGCAAUAUUAGUUUUUAUUGCUUUUAAAUUGUUGCUUUUUAAAUUGUCCUUGUAAAGGAAAGUGUUCUGCUAAUGUUGAUUGUAUUCUGAAUUGCUUCAAGAAGCCUCAUAGCAAUGAAUAAUAUUAAGAGUAAUAAUUAUUUUACCUGCCUUAAUUAUAAUAAAGCAUUGACAUGCAUAUUUUAAAUUAGCGGUUAAGGUCUUAAACUACACAUUUUAAUAGUUUCACAUCUGUAUUCUUUACUGUGUUCUAGCUUAUAGAUUUUGAUUUUAACCUACGUAUAUAUGAGAGCCAGUGUGGUGUAGUGGUUAAGAGCGGUAGUCUCGUAAUCUGGGGAACUGGGUUCGUGUCUCCGCUCCUCCACAUGCAGCUGCUGGGUGACCUUGGGCCAGUCACACUUCUCUGAAGUCUCUCAGCCCCACUCACCUCACAGAGUGUUUGUUGGGGGGGAGGAAAAGGAGAAUGUUAGCCACUUUGAGACUCCUUAGGGUAGUGAUAAAGCGGGAUAUCAAAUCCAAACUCUUCUUCUUCUUCUUCUUCUUCUUCUUCUUCUUCUUCUACAUGUUCUCUAUCUCUGUAGAAGUCCAUACUCUGGUUUGUGACUGUAAUAAAUUGAUUCAUACAUUCAAUAAAGCUUCGGUGGUUUUGAAAUUCAGUAAAUUGUCUCUGCCUCCAUUUUUUGGUAUUGAGGGAAACGCUCUAUAAAAUAAUCAGAAAACAUCAGGGUUGUAGUCAACAUCAGUCCUUUCCACAGCAGACCUAUUUAAAUUGAUGGGCACAAAUUACGUGGCUGUGUUGAUUUUGACGCAUCUCUUCUGAGUAAAACUCAGUUGACUACUCCUCACAGGAUAUCAUGGAAUUGUAGAGUUGGAAGGGACCACAAGAGUCAUCUAGUCCACCCCCCUGCAAUGCAGGAAUAUUUUGCCCAACGUGGGGCUCAAACCCACGACCCUGAGAUGCAGAGUCUCACACUCUACUGACUGAGCUAUGGGCAGAUAUCUUGUUUGAUAAAUGUGUCCCUUGGAAACAUUUUGGUUUUAUCCUCUCUGCAGGAGUUGCUAUGCCUGAUCAUUCCAUCUAGUUCUGUCGAAAGAGAGGUGGGGGUUGUUUUCUGAUUUCUUAAUUGUGAAUAUUUGGGGGGGAGGGGAGGCAUGGGUGGAAAGGAGAUACUCAGAUGGACCAGAGUGAAAUGGGGGCUUCGGGAUGGCUUGGGGAAUUCUCAAAGUGUCACAUCCAAACCAAAACUCUGGGUUGUUGGAUGCCCCUGCCUUCUGUCAUCAUUUGAGCUUUCCUCUGCUUCCCUUUCAAGCUGCUGUCUGGAAGGAGGCCAAAGCCCACUUAAACAUAAGAAUGAUUAUAAGAAAGCAUUCAUUCAACAGCCAGAGUUGAAUGAAGACGAUGUGCUAGGAGGAGAAUGAGCUAAUUAAACCAUUCUGCAACACACACACACACACACUGCAAUCCGAACCCCAGUGCUGUUAUGAGGACAAUGGUCACAACCACACAUUUCAAGAACCAUUGCACUAAGAGUCACAGAUUCACCCAACACAUCCUGGGAACCUCUGUUUGCUACAGAUCUGACAUCUCUCAGCACCCUUGGCAAACUACAGUUCCCAGGAUUCUUGAGGGAAAGCCUGGACUCUUUCAAGUGGUGUAAGAGCUUUAAAUGAGUGGUGUGGAAUUCCUCCAAAAUAAUCGGGGAACUGUGCAACCCUCUCUCUUUCAGGCUACGGUCCUGCCCCAGGCUCAGGAGGAGGAGGAGGAAGAGGAGGGCUCUUUAUUAGAUUAGGUUUGUAUCCUGCCUUUCUAUUUUCAUGCUCAAGGCAGCUAAACCGUCAGAACUACAUAAAUCAAUUAUAAUAAUCAAUACAAUAAGAAUAGCAAUAAGAAUUAUUUACCAAAUCUAAAUAAUCUGAUAGAAAAUUGAGGGAGGGGUGAUCUCUCCAUCGGCUGCAGUCUUUAGACACAACAUUUCAAUGAACAUUAUUGUUAUUGUUAUUAUUGUUGUUGUUAUUAUUAUUAUUAUUAUUAUUAUUAAUUUCAUUUCUAUACCACUUUAUAUUUUCAAGAAAAAAAUCAAAGCAGUUUACAGCAUAUUAAAACAUAAAUAAAACAAUCUGAAGAAUGUCAAAUAUAGAGUAUACAGUUAAAGCAACAUAGUUAACCAAAAACUGAAAUAUUAAAGAUUUCAAAAUAAAACAUUACAAAGGAAGUCAACUACAGAAUACAUAUUUGACACAAAGUUAACAAAAAAAAAGAAAAAACUUAAGCAUUCCCCCCCAAAAAAACCAACAUUGCUAAGUAAAGUCAAAUAUACAAUGCACAUUUAAAACAGCAGAAUUCCCAAGAGAAUAAAAUAUUAUCAUAAGCAUGACACUGCUGUUUAGCAGGCACAAAAAGAUGGGGCAAAAGAAACCAAUAGUUUGGGUUUCUUGUCAGGCCGAGCGAUGUCCCUCUGGUCUCACCAGGAGCCUCUUUAGUAGAGCUGGUGUCUGGGCCCUGCCCCCCAGGCCAGGUGGAAAGGGCCUUGCAGAAAGCGGCCUUCACAACUCACAACCGGCCAAGGCCAUCAUGAUGACACAGAGUUCAAUAGGGCAAGGUUUCUGGCAGGUAGGCAUCUAAAGCCUACCAGAUUGUCCACGCAGACCUUGUUGGUCCACUUGCAACCUCUCUAGGUGGAGCAAAGUACUUCAUGGUAUUGAUUGAUGCUUUUUCCAGGUACAUUCAUGUGUUCAUACUCAAGCAGAAAUCAGAAGCGUUUCCGAGGUUCAAGGAAUUCUGUGCUUGGUUGCAAAAUGUCCAUGGAAAGCAACUGCAAAACCAUUGGUUGGCUUUCAUUGAGUUCUGUGGACACAGUAAAAAAAAGCUGCCAUCUGGUUUCUCUCGGGAUGUUCGGAUUGUGGAACACAGAUUUGCUCUCCACCGUAACACUGUCUCUCAGCAUACCACUUUAUUUCCCCCCAGACAGGUGGCUACUAUUCACUUGUAGGAAGAUGUGCUUAUUUAGAUUACAACAUUGCAGUGGGAGCAAAAGCCACCUUUCUUCUCUCAAGAGGGUUAGUCGAGUUUCUGUUGUUACGGAAAAAUCCAGGUGGGAGGCUGCUCAAAGCCCGUGGGUCCCUGCAGAACAAAGAAGGAGUCCAGCCACCAACUGGAGCAAAUAGCGGAGACCAAAGUUGAUUGCGCAACAGGUUCAGAGAGGAAUUGAACCCCGAGAACGGGGUGACAAGGACUUUAAAAGUUCCUAUCUUAUCCCAGCAGACAGUUCGCUAAACAUCACCACUCCAUCAGAAAAGGGGAGGGUUAUACAUGAUUAACAUAGGAGGAAUGUGUUGGGGUAACAUGCAAAUACAGGAUAUGUCUUGGGAAGUACAUGCUAAGCACCUACUGCAAGAGGACAAUAGAACUUUGGUUUGCAUAGUCUGCCGCCUGGGUAAGUCCGGAGGAGAGCUUUUGCCCAGCGAUUGUCACCUACGGGUAAAGUACCUUCCUGUGAGUAGGUGACCUCCCGCUUGGAGAAUUCUGGUGGGGACCGAGGGGUUCCCAAGUCCUUGGCCAACGAAGCAGACUGGCGGAGGAAUGAAGCGAAUCGGUGAAACCAGUGGUUUUCUAUGAAUUUCCAAGCGUUUUUAGGCUUCUUUAAUACAGACGGUUCUUUUCGGAAGUGGCCUGGCCUGACAUUGCUACAUUGUAUCUAGCUGGAGCAUAAAGAAGGUUGAUCGCUGAAGAAUGGAUGCUUUUAAAUUCUGGUGCUGGAGGAGACUCUUGAAGGUCCCAUGGACUGCAAGAAGAUCAAACCUCUCCAUUCUGAAGGAAAUCAGCCCUGAGUGCUCACUGGAAGGACAGAUCCUGAAGCUGAGGCUCCAAGACUUUGGCCACCUCAGGAGAAGAGAAGACUCCCUGGAAAAGACCCUGAUGCUGGGAAAGAUGGAGGGCACAAGGAGAAGGGGACGACAGAGGAUGAGAUGGUGGGACCGUGUUCUCGAAGCUACCAGCAUGAGUUUGACCAAACUGCGGGAGGCAGUGGAAGACAGGAGGGCCUGGCGUGCUCUGGUCCAGGGGGUCACGCAGAGUCGGACACGACUAAACGACUAAACAACAUCUAGUUUUGAUUGGAUUAACAGGGUAACGAGGUUUCGAUUGACUCAGUCCGUUGUUCUCGCAGCGGGAGCUGUCAUCAUCUUGUCAGCGCUCAGUGGAGCUUGCAAAACAGCUGGAGCUGAGCUGCCUCUGCAGAGCCAUGGCAUUGCUGCGAUUGGCUGAAGGGCUACAUUCAACGCCAUCUGAUUGGCUAGAGCGCAUCCUCAUGCAAAUACAUUGUUCAUUCAUCAAAUACAUUGAUCGUGUAUAGCAUCGGGAUACGGGGUCAGAAAUGGCGCUUUCUUCUCGGGGUUUUGGACUUUUGUGCGGUGCUUGGUGCAACGUUGUGACGGGGCGAGGGGAGUCCUAGUGUGGCAGGGUUCCCUUGAGGUCAUUGCCUCGGGCUCCACGUCUCUUACUCGGGAGUAAGACUUCGUUCAUAUGCCCCCCCUCCAUUCCGUAACACUCUUCAUAUGGACUUCAUGGAGUGUGCACUCUUGCAGGGUCUGCUUCCAGAAACUACUAUUGCAGAUGUAGAUAUUUUGGCAGAAAUGGUUUACAAAUAUGCACGAUGGCAAGCAGAGAGACAGGAACAGUUACAAAGCAAACUUGGUCCUGCCUAGCCUGGAAGCUGUUUCCAACUAGUGAAAUGGAAACCUUUCAGCAACCUUUACAACCAUCUACAAACCCCGAAGUUUGUAUUUUCUUGAGCUUUCUCUAGAGAAGGGGCUGUUUUGUAUAUUGGAGCAGAAUAGUGUAUUAGCUCUCAUGUUUUGUGUAAAGCAAGCCCUUGUUAAGUACCGUCAGCUGAAUUGGGCUUGUGCCCAGAUCUUAGCACACUAACCGAUGAAACAGGUAAGGGUAACCUCUGGCCCUCCAGACGUUGCUGAACUACAAUUCUCAUCAUCCUGCCCAUUGGCAAUGCUGGCUGGGGCUGAGGAAUUUCAAGGAAGCUUUCGACUUGCCCCGACCUACACCUACCUACCCACUGAACGAAGGAGCAAGAAAGCAAAAGGCAAGUUCAGCAUUCCAGAGUUUUCCAAAUGCCAUGGGGCUCCCUUGCCAAUUGAUGGUAAAGCAAGCCAUUGGACAGGCCAUCAUGCAUGAGGACAGUUUUUCGAAUGGAUUUGAAUCACACUUGGACUUUUUUCUAAUUCAAGAUAGUGCCUCACGGAAGCAGGGAGCUUUGCAGAGUCCUUUGGAGACUGUGGAAAAGAUUGCGCAAGAGAGAGGCUUGGCACCAGAAGAAAUUCAGAACUUGCUGAACAUCGCACUCAGUGCCAAGCUUGGUAAAGAAAACAUGUUUUGCCUUCUCUUUCCCCUUGGCAGCAAAGUAUGUCAACGGAGCUGCAUUGCCCUGCCUUCUCCCUUAACAAGAACCGGGGCUGCUUCGAGCUUGUGAGAAAUUAUCAAGAGUGAAGAUGUUCAGAAUGUUAAGCAGUGUCUUUCAAUGUCUUGCAGGCACAGUGAUAAGCACUAGGCUACUGAAGACUCUGAUUCCCAUUUCCGUAAUAACAGAGGAUUCUCUUCUUUCAGCUGUGUCUUGGCUCUGUGCUCGCAAGUGUUCUAGUGACUUUCAGGUAACUUGGAAAGCAUGGUGAUACGGAAGGGGGGGCAUGUCUUCUUCACCUUCUUCUUCGCUACAAUAUAUCCAUUUAUUUCCAAUUGUCAAUGUCAAAAGGGACUAAAAUCUAUAAAAUUCAUAGAAAAUCAACGUGCCAAUUUGCUCAAUUUCUCUAGGACUCCAUGACACCUCCCCUGUCCUCCAUAAUCCCUCAAGCAAGGUGUCAAGACCCUAAUCCUGUCAAAUCGCUCUGCCAAGCCCUUCCUCCGGGCGAUGCCAGGUGACAGACUAUGCAUACAUGGACCAUUGUCUUCUCAGGAUGUGCUUAUCUGCGCAUAUCUCCAGCUCUGCAUAUUCCCCCCUCCCUCCUCCAUAUGUUAAUCCGGUGUAACCCAACCUCUUCUUAAUGUAUUCAUGAUGUAACUGGGAUGUAUUUUGCACUGUAUUCUGGGACAUGGAGGGAAAUUUCAAAAGUUCAUGUCACCCCUUUCUCGCUGUUCAAUCUCGCCUUGAACCUGUUGCGCAAUAAACUUGGAUCUUCUGCAGUUUGCUCCUGUCUCCGGCUGAGCUCAUUUUUCUUCCACAGGGACCCGCGGACUUAGUCCGACGAGCUGGGUGGCAGAGUAGCCCCGCACCCAGAUUUUACCGUAACAAUGGUAAUGAUGUCUUGGUUCUGAAGAAUGAUAUUUCCCCCAGUCUGACUUAGUUAUCCUGGUGAUGAUUCAGCUAGAUGUUGUACACGCUGACCAUAUUCCAGAAGGGGUUGGUUGUCUUGGUCUUGCUUUGGCUUACUGAGAUCUGUCUUCUCCCUAUAGGUGUUCAUUCUAAAAUGGAUAAUUGUAACGUUUGACUUCAUUGAUCAGAAGGAAAAUAUGAAUGCUCUCUAUGGUUUCUUCUUCCGCUUCUUACAAUAUGAGAAACUGGUAAGAUAAAAAGGAAUGUGUUAUUUUGAAGGAACUCGCUUUUAUUCUGACAUUAACCCAAAUCAAACAAUAAAGAGUACUUUCCGACCACACAACAGGACACCAUGUGAAAAGUGGGGCCUUACAAAAACCUCUCCCAUUUCCUUCCUUUUCCUGUCUUGUUCCUUCCCAAUGGGCGCUGGUCGCAGCGCCCCCCGGGUGCACGGCAUGUUCAGGCAGGCAGGCAGGCAGGCAGGCAGCUAUCCGAUGUCGAUCCUGCCCGUUCCUCCCUCCACCCCCCUCAAAGACAGCCGCACAGGCAGCUAUCCGAUGGAGGGAGGGGGGGGAAUCCUGUUCUGCAUAGCUAUCAAUUCGGGUGUGAUAGUCUUAUGUUUGCAUACUUAUGGGAAAAUAAAACUAAUUUAUUUUAGAGCUUGUAUUUGUGUGUAUUCAUGGUAUCAUUUGUAGACCCAGUAGAUGGCAGUGUGGUGUGGAGAGUAUUUUUGGCAGCUCGUGAAAGGAUAGAGGGUGGAACGUUGACCGUUCAAAGGCACUAUAAGCAAUAUAAAUAUGUCAGGGAACUGCCAUCAGUGUCUGAGGGAGAGAGCAAGCUCCAAAGGGAUCCCGGAGAGCGUCCCGGGAGUGGGAGAGGCAGCCCCUCUUCCGGGGAAGAGAAUCAACGUAGCUCCAGUGGAGAAGGGGGGCAGAUGGGGGAAUCGGCGAGGCGGUCCCAUGACUCCUUGCCGGGGACCAGUGGGGAGAGGAAGGGUCCUCCGCUGCCUACGCCCUCCUUGCGCAGAAGGCUUCUGCACAGGGAGAGUAGGAGGAGACUUGGCGUCAAAGAGCUUCUUUGCUGGAAGAAGUUUAAGAAACGCCCACUGAUGGAUUCUGCCAGCGAUUGAGACAGUCACGGGCGAGUGGCUGCCCGGACAGGAAAGGUUCACUCAGGCAACCCAGCCAGAGGUUGGGACAAGCUUACGCACGAGAAACCCCUAGAACCAUUACAAUAUAUAUCUCCACAUUUUCCUAGCUACGUUUUCCCAGGAAAAUAUGAAUGCUCUCUAUGGUUUCUUCUUCCGCUUCUUACAAUAUGAGAAAUUGGUAAGAUAAAAAGGAAUGUGUUAUUUUGAAGGAACUCGCGUUUAUUCUGACAUUAACCCAAAUCAAACAAUAAAGAGUACUUUCCGACCACACAACAGGACACCAUGUGAAAAGUGGGGCCUUACAAAUCCCGCCCGUUCCUCCCUCCACCCCCCUCAAAGACAGCCGCGCAGGCAGCUAUCCGAUGGAGGGAGGGGGGGAAUCCUGUUCUGCAUAGCUAUCAAUUUGGGUGUGAUGGUCUUAUGUUUGCAUACUUAUGGGAAAAUAAAACUAAUUUAUUUUAGAGCUUGUAUUUGUGUGUAUUCAUGGUAUCAUUUGUAGACCCACUAGGUGGCAGUGUGGUGUGGAGAGUGUUUUUGGCAGCUCCUGAAAGGAUAGAGGGUUGAACGUUGACCGUUCAAAGGCACUAUAAGCAAGAUAUAUAUCCACAUUGUCCUAGCUACGUUUUCCCAUAAAAGAAUACACUCGAAUACAUUUGAAUCAAAUACAUUUGGAACAAGUGAUUGUUACAUUUAAGGAACAUUCUCUAGGAGAUGAGAUUGGGGGGAAAUACAAAAAACCCUUCGGAUACAUUUGGAUACAUUUAGAAAAGUACAGCAUUUUGAGGAAAAAUACAUUUGAGUCGAAAAAUACAUUCAGAUCCAUUCUUAAAGUCAAUGAGAAAGAUACAGCGAAAAAGGAUCCAUUCCCCAAGGCACCGUUGACCUUCUUGUAGGGUGUGAAGGCAGAAUACAAUCUAUUUGAUAUUGGUAGGGUCCUUCUCCUUCAUUCCCCUCUCUGACCCUGACUCUCUUACGACACAGGGACCAUCCCAGAGUGUGGGCACAACUUCUGCCGGUCCGGCCUGAUCCAGUGCAGCGGGGCAAAAGGAGGCUGGCUUCCUGUCCUCAAGGCCGAGUUGGAAUCCAGAGAAGGAGCCUCGUCCGCAAUCGGCAAUUGGCUACCUUUGUCGAAGUAGCCAAGACUCUCAGUCUUCAAGAGGGAAAGGAGGACUCUGUGAGAAGCACCAGGAGCCCCUGAAACUCUUUUGCAAGGAGGAUGAAGCCCCCAUCUGUGUGGUUUGGGGCAGAUCCAAGAAGCACCAACACCACGAGGUGAUUCCUCUGGAAGAGGCUGUCGAGGAAUACAAGGUACCUUGAGGGGGAGAAAUAGCUGUGUUUUCUUCUUGGCAGGUGAUCUUCUGAAUUCUCAGAUCCAAAGUAGUCAUGGUAUUCAUUGGUGGUUGUUUAUUACCUUAGAAGCAGCCAAGGGGAAGCCUGAGGUCUGCUGGGAUGCCUGGGAGGAGGGAGUCGAAGUCUUUCUCUCUACCAGGGGGGCCAAGGGAUCUUCCCUUGAAAUACAGCAGCUUCAAAGAUUUGGGUUGGGACCAUGGCAGGGAGAGAAAGGGUUAACCUCAUCCACAUCCCCCAGCAAGGUUGCUUUGUACAUAUUUAGAACACUACAAAUGUGAAUUGCACAUGUCUCCUUUGGCUAGCAGGAUGCCUCCUCAAUACCCUGCCAAGCAGAGAGCAGCAAGGGGUCAGCUGAAAGGGGGUGAGGAAUGGGGGCCAGUGUUAUAAGGAAAAAAACGGCUCCUUUUCCCUUCUGGGGUACCUCAGAGCCCAUAUAGAGUCCUUUUGUCGCUUCUCUAUCGGUAGGAGAAAAUAACAGAGGCCAACCAGAGAAUAUUGAGAAGCAAAGCAGCUAGUAAGCCAGAUCUUUAUUACCUGUUGCAACAGGGUGCUCACACCCCCCCACGCAGGAGGGAGGAGGAGACCCCGAACCAAGUCCUUAUAUAGACAUUUGAAAUUGCCCACCCUGGAGCCCAAGACCACCCCUCCAUACAUCAUACAUACAUCACAGAAGGGGUGGCCUACAACAGACUCCUGUCUGGCAGGAAACCUGUUGAUGGGUUUACCUGGCUGUUCAUGGGGUUACCUGGAUAUUCUUUUGUGAUGAGAACUACUUACGGUAUUUAUGUAUGUGUUCAUAUCUUAGACCUUCUAAUUCUCCUAACACCAGGAAUUGACCAGAUGGUGCAGAAUCCCCCCCCCCCAAGUAUCUGUUGGAAGCAGAUUUAGGAGUGGGGGGUGGAAGCACCUACUGGUGGGGAGCACACUUCUUCUGGGGAUGCUUCCUCCUCCUCCUCCUCCUCCUCUUCCCACUUCUCGCUGGGGCCUCAAGAUGAGAAGUCAGGCUGGAAGUCUCCUCGGAGAAGACAAAGGAGCAAGCAUGGCUGCCUUUCCUCUUCUCCAGACCAGUUAGUUGGACUAGAACCCUUUCCCAUCCCAGUUCUGCAGUGGUUUUAAGCAGUGUGCUGUGACAGAUGGGGUGCCUUGAAUGAUGGUCAGGGGUGCCGCGGGAGACACUGGCCUCUGUCCCUCUUUCCUUCCCUCCCUCCACGGAUCCCAUCUCUGCCUCCCCAAGGCUUGCCCAGCUGUUCUCCCCCAGAGAAUGGUGCCUCUGGGGCUGGCCAGGGGGUGUGGGCUGCCAGGAGCUGAGGCGGCCUCAGAGGAAGCAAGCCAACUGGCGAGGGGCCCUUGCUGUUGGGAAUGGACAGGCAAGUCCCAGGCCCCUGGGGGGCAGCUCAGAGACCAAGAGGAGGACUCCUAAGGAGAGGGGAGAGGAGAGGAGGCUGAGAGAGCACUCCGCAAGGGAGGCUGUUCAAGAAAGGGGGAGAGGAGGCAAGCAAGGGGGGGACCUAACUGGUCUCCUGAGCCCCACAGGGGUGCCGCAGAAAGAUGGGAGUUGGUCCAGGGAGCCGUGGACCCAAAAAGGUUGAAAACCUCUGUAACUUUUCUUUCCUCCAGUAAAUUACUGUGCUAUUAUAGCAAGGCCACUGGACCCAAGAAGCCAGUAGAAUAUUCAUCUUCUCUCUUUGUGUCUCAAUCAAAGCUGAGUUUUCCCUUUUCUUGUCAGGGAGAGAUCCGUCGCCGCCUGGAGAUUCGGAGGAAAGAGAGAGGGGAAAUUCUGACCUAUCAAGCAGACCUGGACAAGGAAAGCAAAGACCUCCUUGGAAGUGUCCCUAUUGUUACUAGUGAGGGAACAAGCACUUCAAGAAGCAAGUCCGGACUGAGGAGGGAUGGGGAAUUCUGCCCAUUUCAACUUCUCCCCAUUUCUCCUUUUUCCAUAUCGGUUUGUUAUUUAUUUAUUAUUCUGAAAAUGAAUCAAAUGCUAGGGUGGCUACCUUCUCGUAUAAAGAUGUUGAUACGUGCUUUGCCCUCAUAAAUACAUUUUUUGUGAACAUUACCUGGCUGGGUCAACCUUGAGAAAUUCAGAGGUGUGAAUUUCAAAAGAUUGCUGUUUUGGUCUCCAUAUUUUUCCAAGAAUUGCGAAUUAGGUAAGUUCACCUUUGAAUGCAGCUAAAUAGAGUUUAUUUCUCAUUGUUGUUUAUUAUGUGAAAAGCAGUCAAGGAGAAGCCUGAGGACUUGUGAGCUGAGAGGGUGGAAGCAGUUCAAUUCAAAUCCUAAUUCUCUUGCUGAUGUUUUGAAGGCUGACCAUCUUCCUCACUCAGACCUCCUCAGAACCGGAGAGGCUGAAGACUGUGGAGAAGUUCAGACAACUGCGCCAGUUCCUGGAAGAAGAAGAAAAGCGCCUGCUGAAUCAUGUGGAAGAGGUGGAGAAGGAGAUUGCAGGGAGAAGGGAUGAGCAGCUGGCCAGACUCUGCAGGAAACUCUCCUCUCUUGAGAGGAUCAUCCAGGUGAUGGAGGAAAAGGGUCAGCAGCCAGCGAGUGAACUGCUGCAGGUAAGACGGCUCCAGGAAAAGGCUGCCUCCCAUCCUUUCUGUGCCCCUUUCAUGUACGCAAGGAGUGUAGGGGCUCAGUUGACGGAGCCUCGAGUCAGCUUUGUAAUGGACAGGAAGACCCCAGAGACCUGGGAUGCUGAACUCACCUGA